GGAAAUUGUGAUUUGUUACCAAAUAAUUUCUCAUAUAAAUCCCGGCGAAUACCCUUCUUUCAGAGAUUUUGUCUUCUUGCUCGUCGACACCAUUGCAGGUCGAGAAGUGGACGUUAUAAUAAAUAGAAAAUGAACAACACUUCUGCAGGGCUACCCUCAAAUGCAGCUAGAGUACGAGGAGCAUCACAACCUUCGGAAAGUUCACUUAAAAGGAAACGCGGCAUGUUUCAGAAAGACCUGCAACGCAUGAUGUAUGGUUUUGGAGAUGUUAUCAAUCCAAUUCCAGAAACUGUGGCACUUGUGGAAGACAUUGUGGUGGAUUAUGUCACUGAUAUGGUGCACAAAGCUCAGGAUAUUGCAACCAAAAGGGGGAAGCUUUUGACAGAGGGCUUUCUGUUCUUAAUUAGAAAGGAUUCGGCGAAACUUAACCGGUGUAGAGAACUGUUGUCCAUGCAUGAGGAUCUGAAAAAAGCUCGAAAGGCUUUUGAGUUCGAUCAAGAGGAAUUGGCACACAUGAGUGAGGGGGAAGUGUGAAGUUAUGAUGUUACUUGAGAAUGCCAAAUUGAGUGGGCACCAUAGGACCAGUAUACAA